AAUAAGACUUAAUUGAUUAAGCAAUGUCAACGUUUACAUGUGUAAUCAUCAAUUAACGUUACAUACAGAGAAAGGUGUUUUACGUCAGCGCGUGUCAAGUUUAUUUCUUUUAGUUAUGCCACUGGCUCCCCUCAACAUGUUCAGAUACGGAAUGCAGAAGAUUCCUCCCUUCCCUUGGUACUGGGAAGAAUGGAAACCAAAAGAGCCUCUCGUUAGGAAAGUACCGCAGUACAGCGUCGCUAACGAUGUAGUGGACGGUGACCCGUUCUCUCCUACACCCAGUCCACACUCUCCCAAACACAGCAAACACAGGCCCAAGGAGAUGUCAUUGGACAAAGUGUUUGAUCCGUACCAAGUCUUUGAGGUAGAACACAAGCCAUGCUUGAUCCUGACAGUGAGGGUCCUGUGUGGACGAAAUAUCACGAAAGGAUGGAUGGACUUACUUGAUACGCCCGAUCCUUACAUCGUGUUAAGGAUCCGAACAGCACCUGAAGGACGGCGGAGAACGGCCACUAUUGACAAUGAAAUUAACCCUGUCUGGGCGGAGGAAUUCACAUUUCUUAUGGAUGAAAAUGAACACAAUGAAAUCCAGAUAGCACUGAUGGAGGCUAAUCCUGGCCAGUUCGACCAGAAGAUCGGAGAUGUCUGGUUCGAUCUUACAGAAAUACCUAAAGGCAAACUAGUACAGAAAACCUUCGUCUUUAACGAUGUAUCAGAAGUCGACAUGGAGUUUGAAACACAUAUUGAUCAGGACCCCACGUUACGGUACAGCUUGUGUCUGUGUGAUGAAGAAAAGGAAUUUAUCAGGCGCAGGAAGGAACGUGUGCGCGAGAGAAUGUCUGAAAUUCUAGGUGACAAAGGUCCCAUGUCCGUAGAUGAGGUUCCCGUGAUAGGGGUGAUUGGUUCCGGAGGGGGUUUCCGUGCCAUGGUGGGAUACAGCGGCGUGGCUAAGGCCCUGGCCGACACUGGAAUUCUCGACUGUACUACAUAUAUGGCGGGCCUUUCGGGAUCUUCGUGGUACAUAUCGACAUUGUAUUCACACAAAAAAUGGCCCGAAAUGAACCCUGGGGACAUGCAAGAAGAGCUGAAAAAUAAUAUAGACUCUAGUCUGAUGUGGUUCCUGUCACCGCAAAGUAUAUACAAAAAUUUGGAUCUUCUCAUGCAAAAACGGAGAAACGGCCAGCCAGUCAGUUUCACGGACAUCUUCGGACAUCUUGUCGGUGAAACUCUGAUAAAAGAUCGGUUGGACUUUAGACUGACAGACAUGAAAGAGAAGUUGUCGGAUGGGCAGCGACCCCUUCCAUUGAUGACAUGUGUGAACGUGAAAAUGGACAGAUCCGCCAGAAGUUUUCAAGAAUGGGUGGAAUUUUCACCGUUUGAAAUCGGAUUGCCAAAAUAUGGAACGUUUAUGAAAUCCGAAAUGUUUGGAUGCAAGUUCUUUUUGGGAAAACUUUGCAAGAAAUUUCCAGAGCCCCCGCUACAUUUUCUCCAAGGUAUAUGGGGCAGUGCUUUCUGCAUCCUGUUCAAACGACUACUGGAUGACAACAGGAAGUUGGAUCCAGUGGAGAUGAUUCGUCAGGAAAUGGUUAAACAAAUAGAGUUGAACCAGGAGGACGAAAGCAGUGACAGCAGUGAAGACGAAGAAGAAGAAGAUAUAACACCAGACGAGGUAAAACGCCGACGAGAAGCGGCUGUUCGCAACCGUUUCUCGUUCAGUGAGGAAGCACAGAAAAAACUUGCCAUGCAGAAUGGCAAUGGCCCACCCCGCCAGAUCAACCGGAAACAGACAGUUCGACGUACAAAGCAAAAAACCUACUGGCAAUCUUUCCUCACCGGAAUUCUAGAGAAAAAGGUUGAGUUACUGAACACUCGUGCGGGACGUGCAGGCGUUGUACAUAACUUCAUGAGAGGACUUUCCCUGCAGCAGACGUUUCCACUAUCCCCGUUCACGCCUGCAGACAACACAACCGACACACGAGUCAGUGAUGAUUUCAGUGGUCUUCUAGAGAUGCACCCGACCAAUGUGAAACACCUGUACAUGGUCGACGCUGGUCUUACAUUUAAUUCACCCUAUCCUCUGGUCCUCCGUCCGCAGAGGUGCUGUAAUAUUAUACUGUCCUUUGACUUCAGUGCCAGACCAGGGGACUCAACUCGUCCAUUCAAGGAACUUCUGUUAGCGGAGAAAUGGGCGAAACUAAAUAAACUUUCCUUCCCACCGAUCGACUCCACUGUCUUUGAUAGAGAGGGCAUGAAGGAGCUUUACAUCUUCCGACAUCCGGACGAUCCCUACUGUCCUAUAGUUCUCCACUUCGUCCUCGUAAACAUUGAGUUCCGGAAAUUUGUCAGCCCAGGCGUGCCAAGAGUCACAGAAGAAGAACUUGAAUUUGCAAACUUCGACAUUUUUGAUGACCCUGCGACGCCAUAUUCAACAUUCAAUUUUAAAUAUUCACAUGACGCAUUCAUGAAGUUAUCAAAGCUAACAGAAUUCAACACCUUGCUUCACAUAGAGGAUAUUAAGUCUGUGAUUGCAGACCAAAUCGUCAAAAAGAGAGAAAAUCCUACUAGAUUACCAUGCUCUUUGAAGGAAGUGAAUAACUUACGCCGUGUCAGUGUGAAAAACAGGCAGAGGUUAAGCAGAUACCUGUCCCAAUUAGGCACAAGGCGAUCACGUGUUACCAGUUCAGGAGACGUGCUCUCAAGCAGUGGCGGUUCGCCUUCUAGUCCCAGUCAGCAAAUGAAUCUGGCCAAGUCAGCGAACGAGGCGGGAUUCCGGAGGGACGAUCCGGAACGAAAACCCAUGACCAAGAGCAAACGAAGACUCGCACACACACGCCGUAAUGAUUUCGCAGCGCUUGGAGGGCUAUCUUCUCCUUUGGAAGAUGACGAAUAUGACGGAAAAGCAAAAGACGCAACGCUGAGGAGUAGGCCAGGUAGACUAGCGAAAAUAAAUACUAAAGGAGAUGGGGAGGAACAGUGGGAGGAUGCUACAUGUGAUUCUAUCGAUGAAGAUAGUGACAACGAUCAGUUUUACUCUGUCAUGUCAGAUGUUAUUUGAUGGUCAUGUGCUCUACCUACUACAGCCCUUAAAAAUAGGUAUUUUGCUCAAACAUACCGCCCACGAUUGAGCGCCAUGCUCAUGUGGUAAUAUUGAAUAAAUCACAUGCAGAACGAUCGAUUUAUUUGAGCUUAAGCCGACUCUCAACAGAGCUGAGCUUGAUGAUAUUACCAAGGAAAAUAUCGCAGAAUAAACAAAACAGCAUGUAAAUUCAUGUCGAAUGUAUUGCUUGUUGACACGAGAAUAGAUAACAAGGUACACCAUCUAAAGAGGAACGUGUGUUUGAAAGAGGAGUUGCUUGUCUCUUGUCUUAGAGGGAUUCGUUGGAUAUUGGAGUGACUUUUGUGAACAUUGAAGUUAAUACAUCGAAUACAAUUUCAAAUGUUUUACUAUUGCUGUGGUCUGAUGAACAAUAUAUAUUUACAUCACAUCUUCGGCAGAUAUACACAAGGUCCAUUUUAACAACCAUUUUUAACUCCAUUCGUAUGAAAGCCAUUUUAAGUUUUGCAGGAUUCAUCAGUCAUCAUACUUUGAAUAUCAUCCAUACAGCAUCAAGUAACGACACCUCUGGUCACCUCUAUAACUUUAAUAUGUACCUUCACAAACUGCGACUAUAUCUCAUCAUUUUACCAUCAUAUAUGGUAUUGCUAAGAAUAAAAUGAAAAGUAUUGUAGUAGAAUGUAUUUGGUAGUAGACAGUUUACUAUAUUGAUUCCAUUAUCAGCCCACUUCAUCAGAUGGUAAGCUGUUCAAAUCGCCGUGCGUCCGUCCUUAAACAAUUUUUGUUAUAAUUAUUUGUGAAUUUUCAUUUGCUCGUUACCCGUCGUCUCCUGUUUAGCAUAAUAGGUCAUGUUUGGAUCGGUCGAAGGAACAAGCACCUGAAAGACGACAUCUUGGUUAUUGACAUUCAUAGACUGUUAUCGCUAUUAUUGCAAAAGUAACAGAUGGAUAAUUUUAAAACUCAUAUGCAGGUUUCUCUUAGAACCCAGUUGUGCAUUUUGGAAUUAAUAUGAAAAAACAAAAUGGCCGACAGACGGCCAUUUUGGAUGUUGUCUAUGAAAAAUGAUUAUUUCUAUUUCAUGAGAAUUACUGGCUGGAUCUUUCUUUCAUAUGGUGGUUCUUUUGUUCCUAGUUGAGCCCUUUUGAUUUUGGACUGAUAAAGAUAAAACCCAGAUUUGCCGGGAGGCGACUAUCUUGGGUUUGACAGAUAAAGAUUAACGUCGCUAUUUCUCGAGAGCGAAUUUUUUAUAUAACGAAGAGAAAAACAAACAGAAAAGAAGAGAAUCUAACAGUAAUGAUCAAAGUUGAUUUGAAAAAUAAAAAAAUGUGAGCGCCAAGAUACUUGUGGGAUCUAUUGAUGAAAUUACCUAGUCAACAUUUGAUUUUCUUUUUGAUUUGGAGAUCAAUAAAACAUUGUGAUUUAUAAGAAUGUCCUUCACAAAAGGAAGCGCAAUACCGUAAAAAAAGCUGGUAAGAAAUGUUUAGUGUAAAAGCAUAAUCCCGGAACACUUGCAAAACAGAAAUGCUUUGUAAGUUUACGGAUACGUAUGCUGGUUCGAGUUCGAAGAUAUGAAUGUUAAUGUGGGUUAAAUCAUGUAUAUGAUCAUUUAUGUAGUCGUAAGUCAGAGGUGUGUUAAUGAAAGUGUUUGAAAACGUAUUUCAAUAAUAUGGAUGGAAUGGAGGAUGACAGAUUAGAAGUUGAAUUGGAAAAGUACGGAAUGAGAAUUUGUAUGAUGAAAAAAACAUUCAUCACAGUAUAUGUUACACCGCAAAUUUUAUUUUAUUCCGUCAGUUAAAGAAAUAGAAUGAAGGUUUCCAAUAGGAAAGACGAGAAUAUAAGAUAUAUGGUGCAGAUGAGAGAUGUAAAUGGCAAGAAUACCUAAGUACUUAAGUUAUUAUGUUAUACGUCAGAGAAAUUUUCCAUUUUUAUUUGCAUUUUAAUUUUAUCGAUUUGUUCUUAAAUAAAAAAAUGUCUGAUAAAAA